AAAUUAUACCGGUGGAUCUGUUUGAAACAGUAAUUGUCACUGUUUGGUCAUGCAUGAUAUCGGCAUGCGGUAGAUUGGUUUGAAAGCUGAGGUAUCCCAUGAAACUUGUGGGGACGGCUAUUGUCUUGACUGACCAGCGCUCAGCUCACGACGUACUAGUACACAUUCUUGAAACAGGAUAAACUAUAAAUGUGAUAAUGUAUUCCUCCUCAACAUCAUCUUCCAAUCCUCUUGACGAUGUUGCUGUACCAAACAACCCCUCGGACGGAAUAAGCCACUUGGAAUUCAGUCCCAAAGCGAAUCACUUGAUUGCUAGUUCCUGGGAUGGUCAGGUGAGGUGCUGGGACAUUCAGCAGAACGGUGAGAUUCGCUUGGUUGGCCAGCAAGCUCAUCAAGCUCCGGUCUUGGAUUGUGGGUGGCAUUCGGAUGGCACUAAGGUGUUCACUGCGUCAUGUGACAAGACCGCCAAGCUCUGGGAUUUGGCAAGCAACCAGGCAACUGUAGUUGCACAGCAUGAGGCACCCAUUCGCACCUGCCACUGGGUACAAUCGCCGUCGUAUCAGCUACUCAUGACUGGCAGCUGGGACAAGACACUGAAGUUUUGGGACCCACGGUCGUCGAAAGCCGCGUUCAGUUUUGGUCUGCCUGACCGCUGCUACUGUGCUGACGUUGUGUAUCCUUUUGCAGUGGUAUGCACAGCUGGAAGAGGUAUACUGUGGUACCAGCUUGGAAAUCAGCCUAUGCAUUUCAAGGACAUCGAUUCUGUAUUGAAGUAUCAGCUUCGUUCAGUUGCUAUAUUCCGUGACAAGAGUGGUGAACCAGCCGGCAUGGCGUAUGGCUCCAUUGAAGGUCGCAUCGCAGUCAACUACCUGCGGAACACAAGAGGGGGAGACAAGAAUGACAACUUUCAGUUCAAGUGCCACCGGGGGGCUGCGCUUGGCAGGACCAAAGUGCAGGAAGUGUACGCGGUAAAUGAUCUCGCGUUUCAUCCAGUUCACCACUCUGUUCUUGCCAGCGCUGGGUCCGAUGGUAUUUUCUCAUAUUGGGACAAGGAUGAACAUUCGAAGUUGCCUUUCCCUCCAGGCGAUCCCAAGCCUCAGAGCCAGUCGAUUUCGGCGAUUUGUUUCAACACACCUGGCGACAUCAUGGCUUAUGCAGUGAGCUAUGACUGGGCAAAGGGUCAUGAGCUGUACAACCCUCAGUUCGGUAAUCACAUCUACUUGCGGCCUUCUGAGGCCUUGCCAACAGAGCCGGCGAAAAAGAGCAAAGGAAGGCGAUAAUGGACAUAAUACACAAACGAUAACUGAUCACCACAAAACACAUGCUAUACA